UCGCGAUAUAUCUAUCAAUCGCCGAAUCGUUGCCACACCUCAUCGGUUGGUAGCCUUGAUGUCUCGUUGCGGUGUGUGAAAAUGGGCGGCCGUGAAACCGAAACAUUUGAUUUGAACGCGUCAGGCUUUGCAAACUAAGAGACUCCGCGAAUCCCAAUGGUAAUGUCGGUCUUGGUGGAGGCGCCGAAAGACGGAAACUGUGUCUUGCACUCUAUCGCCUUCGCUUACCUGUGGCCACGCAGAAACGACGACGCUUUGGACGAUUACUCGCGCAAAUUGUUCGGCCCGAACAAUUUUUCCUCCGAAAUACGCGCCGCCAUUAGCACCUCCGCUAUAUCAACAGCCGAAUGGCUCGAAUGCGUUCAAAAAUCGAGGGAACUCCUCGUCAAAUACAUGCUAAUGCACGAAAGAAUGUUCGCCGACAGCCAAACGUGUUCGGACGCGUUCAUGCCGUGCAACGAACAUUUUUUUCGCGCCUCCACGUUCGAAGAAUAUUUGCACACAAUCCGACAACCUGGCGUGUGGCUUGGGAGCCUGGAGAUACGCGCGUUCAGCUUGUUCCUCCAAACGCCGAUCGUUGUGAAGGAAAACGAUCGCGUCGUUGCCAAAUAUGGCGAAUUAUACGCUUUGAACGGCACCCCUGCUAUUUGUUUAGUACUAACCGACGGUGGUACCCAUUACAACUGCGAAGUUCACUGCAAUAACGUCUCUUCGUGGAAGAGGAAAGACCUCGAGCCUUCCGACGAAGAUAUGUGCUUACGAUCUUCAUCUCUUUACGAAGAAUUUAAUGCGAAGAGGGCAAAGCUAGCCGUGCCCGAACCCAUGGAGGUCGACGACGUCGUCGAGGAGUACAAGGCGUCAGGGGUGAAGAGGGCGUUGCACGGUACUAUCUUUCAGUUGGAGCUGUUGAUGUUGUAUGCCUCGCGAGGCAAACGAUGCUUCGACUUUCGACUGGCAACGGAAAUGGAUGCGGCUGAAAAAUUCGACGACGUCGUAUUUCAGUACAAAAUCGAACCCGAGUCGCCUUGGAGGACGAUAUUCCUGCAGGCCAAGCACAAGCAGGAUGUGGACAAGAACAAGAUUACCUCGAGGGAGUUGACGACCUGGGCCGACGAUAGCUUCAGUUUGCAAAAGUAUUUCGUAUCGUUUUGCAAAAUCAAAAGUCAACCUCUAUUCGAGGACUCAGAGCUCGAGCAGUUCGUCAUAUGCACGAACACCGACUUCGAGUUGAGGCCUGCGGAAAGAGACUUCACGCGUAUGAGCGACUCCAAGGUCGUAUCCGACGAUCUGAAGAAGUUCCUCGGCCAGAAAAUACAGCGCGAAGGGCUCGCCGUCGCCGGAACUCUAUUGUCCUCCGUAUUGGAUGCUGAACAAACGAUUAACAAUCUGCUGGGGAAGAAAGUCGCUACGGUAAAACCUGCUGAUCUGAAAUCCCUUGCAAAGGAAAUCUUAAAAAUCGGCAGAGAUGCGGAACUAGAGCACGAGCUGGCCGCGCUCGAGGCGAGGAAGAGUUCCAAGGCAGAACAAAAGACCACGUUUUUACAUGUAGCGCUAAGGAGUUUAGAGGAAAUCGUUAAGAAAAUCGGGACCGCAGAUUGGUUGAACUCUAAAGAAAAGAAGAAGCUUCAGUUGUGGCAGCUGCUAACGGAGCCCGAGGACCUGGAGGAGGAUGACGUUUUGUUUUUCUACGGCGAAGAUCACGUGAGCGUCAAAUUUAAGCAGGAUCGACAGGCAAUCGACGCGUUGUCGGACAUCAUUAAGUCUGCACUGGAAGAUGGUAUCAGGGAGGCGGAGAAGAAGGAAGGCUACGUUCUGAGCCGUCUGAAGAACUCCAAGAUCAUUCCCGCUGUGCUUAGCGCGGCACUAAAUGAGCGCAUAACUCAAGAGUUCCAUAGCGUGACAAACACUGUGUUGUCUUCCGUGUUGGAUGCAGAAAAAACUAUUAAUAGGUUGAACGAGAAGGAUGCUGCGGCGGUGCAGCCGGCCGAAUUGAAAUCUCUAGCGGAAGGCAUCUUGAAAGUGCGUGCCGACGCAGAGCUAGACCGAGAGCUGGUUGGUCUUUCGAGUAGGAAGAGUUCGAAGCCAUAUCAGAAAGCUGAAUUCUUGAAGAUCGCGCGGGAAAGGUUGGCGGAAGCCGUCCAGAAUGUGGACGAUGGGAACUGGUUGAAGUCGAACGGCAACGACCUCGACAAAGAGGAUAAAAUUGGCCAUUUGAAAAUGGCGCUAGAAGCUUUACCCGAACACCUCGAUGAAUUUGUGGCGAAAUUUCGUUUUGUCACUAAAUAUCCGGACGUGGAUACGCUCAAUUCUCUAAUCCAAGAUGAGGUGGGUGUAGAUUUUAACUUGUUAAACGCGAGCCUGGUCACACGUUCGUUCGAAAAGACCAUGCUCGAUUGGCUGAAGCAAAAGUUGGGGACAUUUAUAUCGAAAGAGAGAUGCGAUUAUACUUUCAACGAGCUAAAGGGGAGACUCAACGGCUUUAUGACCGCUGGUCUGAGCAAGGCGUACCCCGAGGAACUCAACCAGUUGGAGGUCGAGUUUUCCGACGACUCCAUCUCGCAAAUAGUGGAGUUUUUGCGGAACCCGACGACGAAGCAGAUAUUCCACUUAAUUACCGACCAACCCGAACUGGGGGCACUUAAGGUGCUUCAGGCUCUCAAAAAUGCCGACCGCAUGCGACACGACGACGACUGUAUCUUCAUACGACUGAAGACUCUUGCGCUCUUCACUAUCCAAAAGAUCGCCAUGGACGCGUUCUCCUCAUCCACUAGUCAUCACGUCAUGGCGUUGGUUUGUCGGUUACCAGCAUUCAACAUCAACGACUCAAAGCUGCUACUAAGGAGCAUUAACGGAGUUCUGGGAAAGAAUAAGGCCAAGAAGCUGAUACUCGUGUCCGCAGGAGACGAUUCGUUUGCGUCCAAGUUCUCCGAGAAAAUCAAAAUUAAGGCCACAGACGAGACUAGUUUUGCCCAGCUGAAUCCAGACUCGCGAGAUCGCAUUUUAGGUUCCACCGUGAACUUCCAAGGCAAGUUCGUGAAGCUCGGCGAGUUUCUGGACCCUGACUCGGCCAAUAACGUUAUGACCGAAGAAAUUCUCUUGGCCUUGGCUGAGAAAGAAUCCAUCGCAAUCGGUAACGCUCUUUACAGCGACUCGGAUUUCGUGGAAGAGUUUUACCUACGCCGCAGAUUACAGCCGCAGAGGAUCAAGCUUUGCGCGCUUAACUCCACCGAGCGGUUUUUCAUCACCAACAUAGACUUGGAGCGGCUUGUACGAUUGGGUGUGAGAAUGUCUUACGUUUGGAACAUUGACGGCGAUAAUAAACCCGAUAUUUACAAUAUUGCAGUAACAAAGUCUUUGAAUGGAACGGAACUCUAUCGGCGAAUUUGUGAAACCUCGCCCUGGAAUGUUCACUGGCUGGACUACGACGAAGGCGACUUUUAUUGGGUCUCUUCGAAGAAUAAUUGGACGGAUUUGCAGAGUUUUAUUGACGAUAGUAUCGCAAAAGGGGACGGCAGCCGCCAAAUCUUGCCCGAAAAUGAUCUGAUACGAUCGCCCGUUCAUCAGCGAGUGGUUUUGAUAGCGGAUACGCCCGGAAAGGGAAAAUCGACCUUCGUAACGAGGUUAGCAUCGAGGAUGAAGAACUGCUAUCCCCUCAGGUGGAUAGUCAGGUUGAAUUUUAAUGACUAUGGGUCAGAAAACCACCCUCAAAGCCUUAACAAUGUCACGAACGAUGUCGAGGCCACGAUGGAUUACUUCAUCUCCUUGGUGGUCUCCGAUGGGGACGUGUUCUCGAAAAACGUCCUCCGCUUUGCUUUGACGUCGGGUAAUGUCGAGGUGUUUGCGUAUUUAGAUGGACUCGACGAGGUCGCACCGUUGUACAAAAACAAAGCCAUCACUUUGUUACAAUGUUUAGUCGGCCUGAAAGUGGUUCAGCUGUAUAUUACUACCCGACCGCACGUAAAGGCCGACGUGGAGGAAGCUUUACGAUGCCCCGCCUACGUGUUGAACUCGUGGGGAGAUUUGGAUAAAAUCGAAUUUCUCGGCAGGUUCUUUGCCUAUCGUUUGAGUCACAGGGACAGCGAUUUUCGGCGAGACCUCGAGACGCUGUUGGACAUCGCCAAAGACGCGACCAUGCCCAGCAACAUAAAAAACUCGAUGGAUGUAUUCAAGGAUCGGGUUUCGGAAUUGCUAAAACUUUCCGUACACCACCAGCCACCAUCAAACUUGGUGAAAAACUUGGACUUUUCCCCACUGGCCGUACUAAUUUUGACAAAAUGGUACAGUUCCGUUCCCACAAACGAGAGGUCGGUGAUGGAUAUUCCGCUUCACCUGAAGAUGUACGCAGAAAUAUUAUUCAAGGGGGCUAAGCUCAAGCAGAACAUUAAUCUGCUCAAUCUCUACUCGGAUUUCGUCGAUUACAAAUUGAACAUAUUUUAUGCAGACCAACGCGUAAUUGCCGAUUCCGCUGGCGGCUCGGAGCAGAGGCUUUUGACGACGGUGGAACUAACCAAAGUGCACCAGGGCUUGGCGGCCAAGAUGUUCUUCCCCACCUUUGACUCGCUUCCCGGCCUUGAAAGACUGGAGGACGGAUUACGAACACUAAAAUCACAUCUCACUGGCUAUCGACUCCCGAGGGUGGGCUUGGUUCAGACGAGACAGGCUGACGUGCCUCACUUUGUCCACAGAAGUUUCGGGGAGUACUUUUUGUGUCAGUGGUUGACCGAGUAUUUAAAUCAUGCGUCCGUUCAGAAAAUUCUGCUCAGGGUCGUUCUGAUGGAACCAGAAUUUAACCUGAGCUGUUAUUUCUUCGACGACUAUGUUGCGUUAAACUGGAACUCGCUAGCUACCCUUUCGCUGAAAGAGGGCUUGAUUCGCGAAGUGAUCGACCACGAUGUGGAGACGUUUUAUGACGAUACCAUUUUGCAUGUGGCCGUUGCAAGAGAACAUCUGAACGUGAUCAGGUUUCUGUUAGACAAGUUUCAAGAUCGCGGCGAUCAUUAUUUACGAGGUUUGCUCGACUCCGUGAACAAGAUGCAGUACACCCCACUGCAGACUGCAGCUUUUAGCAACAAAACAAAAAGCUUUGAUCUGCUCCUCGACCACCAUCCUUUGGAAUUUCACAAGUCCCUUCGCGAUUUCUCGACUAUUGUUCGCUUCUAUCCGAGAAUCCAAAUCGACGGUGACGUUGCCAGGCUUGACAUCUUGCUGGCUGUUGUGCGUUUCGUGAAAGCUAGAAUGCCGCUGGGACUCAAGAAGUUGCUAUCGGCACCGCCUCCAAAAACGAGCGUGCUACACACCAUGGUGUUAUUGAAACGUGAUCGAGACGUCGCAACGCUACUCCACGAGAUUAAUGACUCGGCAGACCUGGAGCCGUUGGUAAUGGCGGUAGAUAAAUUUGGACUGACGGCAUUCGCGCUCGCUCUAGCGACAAAUGCAUCAGAAGUGGUGCGAAGUAUUUUAGAGGGUCUGAAAAAUCAUCCGGAUGUGCUGAAACGAAUGCUGCUUCGCCGCGAUAACGGCGGCAACGUUUUGCACCUGACGGUGAAGAAGAACAACACGGACGCAGUAGCCGCCAUGCUGAAGGGCUUGAAGGAAGUGCUCGAUACCCGCGCGUUUCGUAAUAUCUUGUCUGACCUCUUGUUAGCCCGCAAUCACUACGAGAAAACGGUCUUCUACUCCUCAUUGGAAGGCAAGAGUUACGAAUGCAUUAGACUCCUCCUGGAACCCUUCACUCCUGAUGAUCUGGACUUUUAUAUGAAUUUCGCGGUGAUCUCGACGUACACUGUAAGCACAUUGCGAGGGAAUCCCGAGCAUCACCGGAUCGUGGACGUUUUGGUUGCAGUUUGCCGAAAGGUCUUCAAAGUUGACGAGGGGUUCGUGAACUCCAUCAAAUCGGUAAAGGUUGACGUCGAACGGCACAUCGUUCAGUUGAUUGAUGGGAUCAAGUCUGAAGAUUACCAAAAGGUCAUAAAUGUGGUCUCGACCCUAAGCGAUCAAACUCAGUUGAAAAUAGCAUUACUGUCAGCCAGAGAGGGUGACAAGAAUAUACUCAAACUCCUGUCGGAGCAAACUGAUCGGCAGCUUUGGGCAGGGCUCUUGGAGACCAUCAGUACAUUCCCGAACGUAUUUAGAUCGCUCACGCUCGACGCUACCAAAGACGGGGACACAAUCUUCCACGUCAUGGCGUCUCAGCCGAACGUUGCGUUCUUUACGGUGUUUCUGUUGGAUUUUAACCAAGACCUACUUGAAGAAUGCUUGACCGCAUGCAACGCGCGAAAGCAGACUUGUCUUCACGUGGCCGCCACGUCAGGCCAGCUACGGUUUAUCGAAACGUUGAUGGAGUGUGUUCAACGUCGGGAUCUCAUCCAACGACUUUUGCUCGCCACAGAUGAAAACGCUUUGAGUCCGCUAGAACUGAGCGCAGUCGCGCUUCACGUAGAUACCUUCGUUUACCUCCUGAAACUGACCAUGCGUUUCGUGGCUCCCGACGAAGCUGUCAACCUGCUUUUAGCCAACACUAAAUACACGGUGACGUUGCUCUACGUAGCGGUGAGGAGCAGUUGUCGUGACAUAGUGAGCGCGUUGAUCGGAUUCAUCCGCGAACACCUAGAUAGGUGUUUCCCAGGAGUUCUGAAGCUCGCUCUGAGCCACCGCAACGAAUUCGAGUACAGCGAUAGGCCGUACAAAAAAGGUAACGUUCUGUUCGCCUCCGUCGAAGCCGCAGACCGCAGCGUGAUUCCGGUAUUGGUAGAUGCGGCGGUAAAGGCUUUUGAUCACCAAGCUUUCCGAACAUUUGUCUGUGACACCAGGUAUGGCGGAUUUAACGUGGUGCAUUACGCGUGUAUGGAUGGUUCCGUGGAAAACCUACAGCUCGUUUUGCAUGAAGUCGCGAAACACCUCGACAAGGAGUCCGUUCUUAGUCUGCUAACGUCCAUCGACAAUCCGGACGACCAAUGUUUGCCGUUGCAUCGGGUGGCACAAUCCGAUAAGAGCGAGCUGGCAUCGUUUUUACUCACUUUCGGUGAUGAGCAUCUUGGAGAAGACCUCGAACGGAUGAUGUUCGCCACCAACGUGGCGGGAGAUACGCCCUUGCAGGUUGCUGCCUAUGAAGACUCUCUAAAAACCUUCGAGAUACUUUUGAACUUUGCGAUCCGCGUUUUGGAGGCAAGGUCACCUGGUACUUUAAGGCGGUUGCUGACGAAAGUGAACUCUAACGAUCGCUCGAUGUUGUACUCGAUCGUGGGUAAUGCGAGGAAAAAUAUCCUGGACACCUUAAUCAAAAGUCUGGGAGACUCUUUCAGCGACGUCAUCGUCGAAAUGCUGCUCGUCCAGGAUAAACACGGGAGGAACGUAUUAUUCUCCAAGAUGUAUGACGAUGACUCGACGGCGAUGAUAGAGACACUGCUCCGACAAUUCGGCGAUCCAAUUUUGAUGAAUAGAUUGUUGACCGUGGAGGACCGCUGUUCGAUUAACCCGCUGGAGCACGCGUACUGGGAAGCUGAUUGCGAGGAAGACUGCUACGUCAAGUUUUUAACGAAAACUAUGUCGGAUAACGGCAUAGAUGCGCGUGCUAUGCUGCUCAGAGCGAAAGACAUUGCCGCCAAGCGGGAGGAACUGCUGGAAGCAGUGAAAUCGCACAACGUCGAAUGCGUAAAAGAGAUAUUGAGGGAAAGCGGCGAGUUAAAGGGAAAAUUUCUGCUCUACGACGACGCAAGGUUGAUGAACGACGGCGUAUUGAGCUCCAAUAACGUGGAAACUGUAGAGGCGGUUUUGGAAGCGGUCAAGGGCGACCAGCGGCUAACGGUCGAGCUGCUCCUGCAAAGUUCCUGCCUACUAUGGGCCUCGCUGAAUUGUUCCCAUGAGGUGGUGAAGGUUUUGGUGAAAUACGCGAAAGCGGUGAGGGAUCCUGUCUUUUUGAGCAGGUUCUUACUGGGGGCCGUGACGAUCCGAAUGUUGUGUUACAAGAAUCGCGACAAGUACGGCAAAACUAUCGCGCUUCUGCAGGAAGAGACGAAUCGGGUGGCGGUCAAGUUGCUCAGCCAGAAGAGGACCAACGAAGAUAGCCGCAAAGAGAUGAGCCACCUGACAGAUCGGGAAUUGUACGUUCUGAAGACUUACGUUGAGUCAAAUGAGUAUACGGGGACCAGUCAGGAGGAAAUUUUGGCGGCUAUCAAGGCGGAAAUACGCCGCCGCGAUGCGUAGGUGUUUUUGUCACAAAAAAAAUUUUUGUAGUUUUUUACAAAUACACAUUUUUAUCGAGAGCAGCGUCAGGGUGUUUUGCCUUACUUUAGUCUGUAGUCAAAGUUAAUUUGGAACCUGAUCAAGGUGAAAUUCGUCAGGCUCGAACGCUACAGACCCUAAAAUGUUGUGAAGAAUAAAAAUGGUACCAGAUAAAAUUCAAACAAAAUUGUCAUUCAUUUGUUUGUUCUCAAUAAUAAUUUUUGACUUCGAUUUUGCAUAUGCGUUUAAAUGUUUCGCAAUUUGAUCGUUUUAAAUUCCGAUAAAUUUACACAAACUUUGUUGUACUUACUUUAAUUUAACAAAUAUGGCGACGGUGGAAUGAGAGGGUGGCAACAAAUUCCACGUUUCUAGUUUUGGUUAGUAAACUAUGAAAAAUUAUUUCCAUUUCCCUGGUUUUGGAAUUUUUUUCGAAAAUACAAAACGUUUUUUUUUAACUUGACAAAAAUGAUAUACCGAAAACACAAGAAUGCAGCAAGUAUAAUAUUGAAGAAAAAAAAUCGAUUUUGACAUUGACAUUUACAUUUAAGAAUGCAACUUUAUACUUGUCAAGUACAUAAGUUCAAUAUGCUGAAUCAACAAAAAAUGGAUGAAAUAAUAAUGAAGUACAGAACUAUUAAUGUGACAUUACAAUAAAUAUAUUGUAAACAAGUUGUUAAAAAAAUGUGCCAUUUUCUAUUCCUGCUAUUGUCUAGACGCUCAAGAAUGCAGCUUUAUACUUGUCAGGACCAUAAGUUCAAUAUUUUGGAUAAAUAAAAUAUGGUGAAAUAUUAUUGAAGGACAGAACUAUGAAUGUAACAUUACAACAGAUAUGUAGAUGACUUUUUUUUAAAAAUACAAAAUUUUCAUUGAUUAGAAAUCUGUAAACAAAUUUGAAAAAAAUUCUACCCUCUUUGUUGGGUUCCUGCUACUGUCUAAAAGCUUAAGAAGGCAGCUUUAUACUUGUCAGGACCAUAAGUUGAAAAUAUAGUGAAAUAUUGAAGGACAGAACUAUGAAUGUAACAUUACAACAGAUAUGUAGAUGACUUUUUUUGAAAAAUACAAAAUUUUCAUUGAUUAGAAAUCUGUAAACAAAUUUGAAAAAAAUUCUACCCUCUUUGUUGGGUUCCCGCUACUGUCUAAAAGCUCAAGAAGGCAGCUUUAUACUUGUCAGGACCAUAAGUUCAAUAUUUUGGAUAAUUAAAAAAUGAUGAAAUAUUAAUGAAGGACGUAACUAUGAAUGUAAAAUACAAGAACUCUGUAAUCAAAUUUGACAAAUUGUUAUCUUUUGUAUUCUAUUCCUGCUACUGUGCAGACGCGAGUGCAAUAUUUUGAUUAAAUAAAAAUGUCGAACAACUGAAAAAAAUCUAUUGGCGCAACCUAAAAUCGGGCCGUUUGCGGCCGCCCUGUACAUUUCCGAGGUGAACGAAUCGAUCAGCGGAAAUUUUCCGCAUGGGAUAAUCAAUAAUUUGUUAUUAUCGCGCAGAGGCGCUACACAGUUAUCUCGCGUUUUAGUUCGUUUUUUUAUUGUUUGUUGUUGUUGCGGGCAGUGGCGCUUGCAAAACGCGUGUCGCAAUGUUUUCGGGGCGCUUUUGGUUUUUUUUUUUAUUUCCGCGGGAAAAAUUCGAUUAUCGAAGUUUAUUUUAAGAGCAUCGCCAUGAAAAUAUUGUUGCAAAUUACGCAGACAGCGGCGCCCCCUUGCUGCAAAAUGGCGUAAAAAUAUAUGGGAGAACCAUAUUCAAAAUAACAAAGUACUUCCAAACAAUGCACAGAGGACAAUUAAACCAAACUAGGCUGACAAAGGCAACUUAAGGUAAAAGUAGGAUAGACGCCCUUGGAGGAUAGACGCCGCACCUUAAAAAAAGAGAAUUUAAAACCAAGUUCACGCUCUAGCACCAAGUUCCUCGGACAAACCUCGCCCCUCACAGCACAAUCUGCGCACGCGUUUCGACAGGACUGCACGUGUCGCCGCUUGAGUUAAAAAAACGUUGCAAAAUUUUACCGCGCUUGCAUGAUUCUUGUGACAGUGACAUUUUGACGUGUUCAGAACUUUCGUUUUCGAAGGUAAGUGUGUAUUGUUAUUUAAAUAGUAUGUAUCAUUUAUAUUUAUGGUGUGUUUAUAAAAUUACGAAAUUAUUUAAGUAUUUUUAUUUAUUUGCUGGAGCGUCUAUCCCUACUAAAAAGGAUAGAGGCCCCAGUAUUGACCCCUCUAUGACUUAUUCACAGGUACUUAGGCUAUAGGUAAGAUUUUUUUAAAUAACCUAUCUAGUUAAUAUGCAACUUAGUAGGAAAAUUGACUUUUCAGUUUAUUUAUGAGCUGUUUAUAUCUUUACAUGUCGUACUUCAUUGUACUUGUAAAAAAUAAUGCAGCGUAUCACCUAAUUUCAUUUUUUAUUUUAGACAAAAUGCCGCGAAAAUAUAAAAUGAAAAUAGGGGCGCCCGUUCGUGCUGCUUGGUCCGAAGAAGACCUUUGCAAAGCUUUUGGGAAAACUCCAAGUAAAUAUCUUAACGAAUGUUCACCUAUCCCGAAAAUUCCUGUUCCAUUAUACAAAAGAUGCAAGCAAG